GACGCUAACUUUCACCCCCGGGAAAAUGCAUUCGAAACGAGGGACGCUUUGAAACAGUACACGAUACUGCGUGAGAAAGUUUAUCCGACAGGUGUAGGGUACUACAAGUAGUUAAUUAAAUGCCGAGGUAUAUACAGCGCUUUAAUGGAUUCGGUAGCUUUACUACAGUCAAAUUCUGUAAACUAACAUUUAUCUCGACAGUUUAAUACCGGUUUUGCUAGCUAGGCUAGCUAAUUCUGAAUAAUGGGUAUGCCUUUGCCCAUCUAGCAAGUGGGUAUUUCGGCAACUCGAGUUUAUAGCAUAACGCACGUAUUACAUAUCAGUUAAACAGAUGUCGUGCAUGUGAUGAACAGAUUAACGCGAGUUGAAGGCGAUGUUCCCCGCGCCGCGUGGCUCUCUUUGGUGAAGUAUGGAUCUGGGUAAAGUGAAGCUGCCGAGGACGGGAUUGAACACGCUGCAGCAGGCGAUUCACCCCGUGCACGGCAUCGCCUGGACGGACGGCAAGCAGGUGUGCCUCACGUCUUUCCAGUGCGCCGACGGCGCGGAGCCCCAGUUCGGCGACACCAACGUCAUCGGGCAGUUCGAGCACGUGCUGGGCUUGCGCUGGGGCCCGCUGUGCUGCGCGGAUUCCCCGGCGCUGCUCGCCCUGCAGCACAAGAAGCGCGUGACGGUGUGGCAGCUGCAGCUGAGCACGGCGGAGCAGAGCAAGCUGCUGUGCACGCAGACGUGCGAGCUGGGCGAGCCGUUCCCGCUGCUGGCGCAGGGCUGCGUCUGGCACCCCAGGGCCGACGCGCUGGCCCUGCUGACGCGCCGCGACGCGUCCGUGCUCUGGUCCGUGCGCGGCGACGCCCAGCGCGUCCGCGCAGAGAUCCGCGGCGGCGGCCUGGUCCACUGCGCCUGCUGGACGGGGGACGGCGCGCGGCUGGUGGUCGCCGUGGGAACCGCGCUGCACUGCUACGCGUGGAACGACGCGGAGCGGACGCUGGCCCCCUGCGGCCUCUGCCCCGUGUUCGACGUGGGCGGCUACGUGUGCGCGCUGGAGUCCGUGGGCGAGGCGCAGGUCGCCGCGGCGACCGAGCUGCCGCUGGACAGGCUCUGCGGGCUGAACGCGGGCGUGGCGUUCGACGUGCCGUCCCGCCGGCCCGUGACGCUGACGGUGGAGGAGGACCCCGCAUCGGAUUCGCGACGGCGCUCCGCGGACUCGGACCGGUCCCUGCUGUCCAGUCUCCGGGCGUCCUCGCCCUCCGGGCUGGUGGACCUGACACAGGUCCUGGGCCGACACCGGCGGUCCGACCCGAGCCCGCUGCUCCACCUGCGGCGCCGCGACACGCUAACGGGCUCCGGCCAGGACUCCUCCCACCUGGUCGUGGUGACCUUCGACCGCAAGGCCACCACCUCCCGGAGGCUGGCCGUGCCCGGCAUCCUGGUGCCCGACAUCAUCGCCCUGGACCCCAGCGGCCGCGCCGUCGCCGUGGCGUCCAACACCUGCAGCGUGGUGCUGGUGUACGCCGUCUCCGCGGCGACCAUGCCCAAGCUGCAGCAGAUCCAGCUGCAGAAGAACGAGAGGCCGAAGGGCAUGCGUUUCCUUGGCGACCGCCGGCUCCUCCUCAUGGUGGGGCAGCAGAAGGCCAGUGACUCCGCCUUCCUGCCCUCCUCCAGCACCGACAAGUACGUGGUCCGCCUGCUCGCCAGGGACCUGGAGUACGACGACGAGGCGUCCGGCCAGCUGCCUGCGCAAAAUCCGCACUACCCCAGCUUCAGCUUCCCUGGGGCCCGGAGGGGCUCGGAGAACGUCUCCAGGGGGGAGCGUUUCGGGGGGAUUACGGAGCUGGUGCUGCCGAGCGGGGCGCUGGCGCCCCCCCUAGGAGGGAGGAGGAGGCUGAUAGAGGAGGUGCAGAGCGAGGAGGAGCCCAGCCCCACCGUCAGCCUGACCGACUUCUCCGACUGCGUCGCCUCCAGCACCUCCUCCAUCGCCGUGGAAACCUUGUCCGCGGAGCCCGGCGGGGGCGUGGCCGGCCUGCUGGUGGGCGGGCGUGGCCCAGGGAGCCGGGAGUCCAGCCGGUGCGCUUCCCCGCGGUUCGCGCCCGCAGACCGUCCCGCAGAGCAACACACCCUGGACACGGAGCGGAUGUUUGCCCGCUUCGCAGAGAUGCAGCAGCGCAUAUCCAAAAUCCAAGACUACGUCCUGAACGGGAGGAGGGCCUCCAGCUGCUACCCGUCCCGCGCAGAGGCCCCCUACGUCAUCGUCUCCUGCCAGAAGCAGGUGUCUGAGACUGUGUUCAUAGAGGACAGGAGGCCUGUGCUGCUCUGUGAGGGUAAACUGUGCCUGCGUGUGCUGCAGGACCUCUUCAACAUGCAGGUGCUGGAGAUGCUACAUGGCUCGCUGUGGGUCGUCCUGGUGCCCGACGCGGACGGGUUUGUGCCGCUGACGUUCGAACCGAAGGAGGAGCUCACGGUGCGGAACGGCAAGCGGAAAUUACCCAGGUCCCCCGGCGACGGUGACACCCCGUCCUGAUUGGGUGUGGAGCAGAGCCCUGUAGAGCCACAGAGUUCUGCUGCUUUUUUAUUAUUUUCACCUGAAAAUCAGCAACGGAUUCAGACCCAGGAAACCAGGUGGGCUGAAUUACCUGUAAUCUGCUGCUGUAAUCACUCCAUUAAGUGCUGAGUAGCAGUGAAAACCAGUAGAUGCCACAGACCAUCAGGACAAAGUGAUGUUGCUGUUACUGCUCCCCCUGCUGGCUGCUCAGUGAACUGAAGACAGAACGUCCAGCCUGUGACCUGUGAUGGGACUUUCUCACUUCAUCCCGGGGAUUCAGGUUCUUCUUCCUCUGAUGAAGUGCAGAUCAUCCUCAUCCUCUCUCUUUCUGUCAGUUUUUUUUUUUAAUAAGAUCCGAAUGGGAACAGAGGGGUGUUUGUGUACCUGAGUAUUGUUCUAGAAUAAAACUAGAGUUUCAUUCAGUGUUUUUUUAUUUUGGCAGGGCCAAGUCAUGUGCCUUACACUGUAUUUCAUAACAUCAUAACACCAGGAUUAAUGAAGCUAAUGUAGCCCAUUAUGUUUUUAUUAAAAACCCACACUGAGGGAAAACUCUGUUCAGUAUAAUCAUAUUCAAUAAGCAUUUAGAUUUUUUUUUUCAGUAAGCAUUUUAGACAUUUAUUUAAUAUUAACAUAUUUCUUUUGGCGUUGCAGUUGAAGCACUCCCACUAUUUUUCUCAGGUUAUUUUCCUCCGUAGUUACUGGCACGUGUCCCUCUGUGACCAUGGUUACGACUGCACUUGUACAUCACGCUCAUGUGGAAGACCGCUCUGUCUCUUCUGAUAUUUAUUUAUUGAAAUAAACUUUAAACACCGC